GGAUAUUAUAUAUAUAUUAAAUUAAAAAAAUUAACUUACCCAAUGCUUUUAACUAUAUUCACGAAUCAUCACAAAAAUCACAGUGUUUUUCUUUUCUACAAUAAUCACCAUACAUCAAAUUUUACCAUCAAAUCGGGGUCAAAAUGGCACCAACGAAGAAAUUAGAUAUAGAUAAACAAGCAUGGAUUUGGACCGAAACUGUUCAACCGAAUGAAAUUCAAAGAAUUCAUUUGGAAACUGCUUAUCGGCUAGGAUUGAGAAAUUGCACGAAUUGCAAGCGAAAUUGUAGCAAUAAUCCACAAUGUUUAACGGGAUUGGGCGAAGACAAAUAUUUAAAUUCGAAUGAAUCGAAACUUGAUCCUUUGGAGGAUUCGUUGAAUGAAAAUCUUCGCGAUACAUCGCAACCUGUUGGUUUGAAUAAUCUCGGUGCCACUUGUUACGUCAACAGUUUACUCCAACUAUGGUUUCACAACGAGAAAAUGAGGAGAAUAAUUUACGAAUGGAAUUUGGAGGAUGACGCCGAGGAGAAGGCGGCAAUAAAAGUUGCCGAGGAGACAAAUCAACUUUAUCAUCCGGUGACGGUUCUUGGACAAUUACAAUAUAUAUUUGCAAUGCUACAAUUUGGCAAUCAGCGUAAUGUUGAUCUUUUGAAUUUUUUUUGUACAUUAUCAUUGGACACGUGUACACAGCAAGAUGCGCAGGAAUUUGCCAAACUUCUUUUAAAUCUCGUCGAGACAAAAUUGAAUCACGGAACUAAGGAACGAUUGCGAAGUUUAACGCAGGGUCAACAGAGUUAUAUCAAUUGUUGCAAAACGUGCGGCACGGAAUAUCCAACGACGACGACAUUUUACGAAUUGGAUCUUCAAUUGGCGCAAUCGUUGAAAGACUCAAUUAAUAAAUAUUUAAGCGAGGAACAAUUAACGGACACAAAUCAAUAUCACUGCGCGAGAUGUAAUGCAAAACAAGACGCGAGACGUUUUAUUCGUUUGGAUUCAUUACCGGAAGUGUUGAAUAUUCAUUUGUUGAGAUUUGUCUUUCAUCGAUUGAGCGGUCAAAAGAAGAAAGUUAACACGGCAAUUUACUUCCCUGAUAAAUUGGAUAUGUCACAAUAUCUCGAUUGUCCGGCAAAUACGCAUGUUUACAAUUUGGUGGCAAUUUUGAGUCAUAGAGGAAGUUCCGCACAUUCUGGACAUUACACUGCGACAAUUUGCAAUUCAAAUGGCGAAUGGUAUCAGUAUAAUGACGCGAAAGUUGAGAAAAUUUCCCGCGAUGAUAUUAAUGAACAUACGAAGGCAACGAAACCGCGAGCAAAAGGCGAAUAUCUCUCGAACGCCGCUUAUAUGCUUGUUUAUAAAAAAUGCCACCAAUUGGGAACAAAAAGGAAAGGACAGAGUACGACAAAUAGUACAUUAAACACGGAGAUGACGACAUUAAAGAAGCAAAGAAACAGUAAUGGCGAUAUGGAAAUUAUCGAGGAAAUUCCCGAUACUUCGAAUGGAAGUAAACUUUUAAAUGGUGCUGCACAUUUACACAUUAGUUUAGAAGAGACGGAAAGACAAUUGGAUCGUGAGUUUGAAGAAUGGGGAGUGAGUAGAAAAAUUCGUGAAAUUCUCCGAGCGGAAAAUGUCGACUACGAAUUAAAAACAAUUGACGCUCAAGAGCAGAAGAGAAAAAUUGUUGGCGAUCACAAUGUUAAGCGGCAAUUGGUGAUUGAUUUUUAUCAAAUGAUUCAAAAUAAGGAUUCACAUUUUGAGCAUGUUUGGAUACCAACGGAAUGGCUGACAAAAUGGCUCAAUUCACAAACGAAUAUUAUUUCGUCAAUUGACGUGACAACGUUACAAUGUUGUCAUGGCAAUUUCGAUCCGGCGAAAGUGAAUAAGGCAAAAUGUAUUCCGACAAAUUCCGCGGAUUUACUCUAUCAAAAUUAUGGCGGCGACAUUCGACUCGAUCAAAUGUCACUUUGUCGGCCUUGCGUCGAACGAAAAUGCACCUCGCAAAGAUUUAAAGUCUCGCUGGAGAAGGACGCGAAGGAACUUGGCGAAUUGGUUCGCGCCUUAAAAAUCACAGAUGAUAAUUGCUAUAUUGUGGGAGCGGAAUCUUUGAAAUACUGGCGAAGGCUGGCGACAGAAAAAUUUAACGAGGAACUAAAUGAGAAAUUCAAUAUACAAUCGAAUCAACAAAAUGGCAAUGAGGAGCCAGGAAUCGAGGAGGACGACGAUAAUGACGUUCUUAAUUUUAAUGAAGAUUUAUUGUGCGAGCACAAUUGUCUACGUACGCCGGACUCGUCGAGGAAAGUUAUUCCAAAAGAGGCGUGGGACAUUUUGCGAAAAUAUUUUCCCGAGGCGCGGGAAUUUUCAAUUCAAGUGCAUCCUUGCAAUAUUUGCGAGGCGAGUUUCGAAACUGUUCAAAAAUCAAAAGAGGAGGACAAAGUAAAGGCGCGAGAGCAAAAGAAUGAAUUGAGAAAUUUAUACUACGGAAAAUACAGGAAUGAACUUCAAAAGUGCACCGAUCCAACGAUUAUUUAUUACAUUGUCGAGAAGGAAUUUUUGGACAAUUGGCAUUCAUUCAUUCGAUUCGCUGAAACGUGCAAAAAAUCACCUCCAGUGGGAAUCAAGAAUUCGGUCUUGGUCUGCGAGAAGCAUCAAGGAUUUUUGUACACGCCUCCACCAGCAACGAAUGAUGGAUAUGGCAUUGUCUCGGCUGAGGAAUGGGCGAAAUUAUCGGAAUUUUACAACGUCGACUGUACAAUUUCGAUUCGAAAAGAGGGAACCGCCUACGUCACUGAUCCCGUUGUAUGCAUGGAUUGUUUAUACGAUAGACUAAACAAGGAACGAAUGGCGAGUCUCACUUACGAUAGAGCAACUAUAUAUAUCAAAUGUAUCGAAGAUGCAGAACCCACAAAAACGUCUAACAAUGAGUGCCCGACGAGAAAACGACCGACGAGGACGAGAAGAAAUAUUCAGGGCUCACACGAAUUUAAAGUGUCCUCUGAACUCACCUUAAAGGAACUUAAAGUUAUGGUAAUGCCAAUUUUCGGGGCUGGACCUUUUGACCAACAUUUAAUGUUAGAUGGCAAUGAAUUGCAGAAUGAUUCGGAAACAUUGAGUUCAUUGGGCAUCUUUCCUGAAACUCUUCUCACCUUAAAGAUUGACGUUCCAGUUGAUAUUGAAGAUGAUAAUUCAGAACCUGGAAAUGAAUCAACAUCGCCGGAAAAGGGUUUCAAAGGUACCGAAUUAGUUCACAGCUGAUGCGCAUCACCAGUGACACAAUAAACAAGUUCACAACUUUUUUUUUUUUUAAAUACUACUGUAAAUUUAGAAUUAAAAUAAUAUUUUUCUACGAUUUUCAUUUGCAAGAAGAAAAUAACAAUUCGACUGAGAUAAUAAUAGUAAUAAAAAAAUAAUAAUAAUAGUUUGUAAUAAGAAUAGUAAGAAAAAUGAUGAAAAAAAACAAAUAAUAAUAGUGAUAAGAAUAAGAAUAUAGUAAUAAUAGUUAAAAAUAGUUAAAAUAAUUGAAAUAAUUAAAAAAAUAAUAAUAGAAAUAAUAGUUAAAAUAAUAAUAAUAGAAAUUUUUCAAAUGAUGUUAAAAAAAUGUAUGUGUGUUGCGCGUAUGUUUAGUUUUACAUUCACAAGUCUGACAAUUAUUAUUAAUUUUUUUUUCUAUUCAAAAAAAUACUAAAAAUCGUAAUUUAUUAUCGUUUUUAAAUUUUUUCGUAAUUUUUUUUUCUUAAUUUUUUUUUAAAGUAGAAAA